CACCGGGUCAAUCGUCUUGUCUACUUUUCUUCACAAGACUCUGUUAUUUCCUCAGAGAAACAGAGCACGACAAAAAUCACUGAUCUUUGAAAAUUCGAGAAGCAGAGAGGUUUCGAGAAGCAUUUUUUUCUUUAUAUUAUAGGAUUAGGUGAAAAUUUAAUACAAAAGGGCUCUAGAUUCAUUGAAUCUCGGAGUAGUUUUAAAAGGGUUUCUGAGAAGCUUCUGUUCGAUUGGUUUCAUUACCAAAAACACUGCUUUUAUAGAGAUGGAUGAGAGUAACCAUGGAGGCUCGCUCCCACCUUUCCUCACCAAAACGUACGAGAUGGUUGACGACUCCUCGUCUGAUUCAAUCGUCUCGUGGAGUCCUCAAAGCAACAAAAGCUUCAUCGUUUGGAACCCACCGGAGUUUUCAAGAGACCUUCUUCCCAAAUUCUUCAAACACAAUAACUUCGCAAGCUUUAUCCGACAGCUUAACACAUACGUAACUGGUUUUAGAAAAGCUGAUCCAGAGCAAUGGGAGUUUGCUAACGAUGAUUUCGUGAGAGGUCAGCCUCAUCUUAUGAAGAACAUUCACAGACGCAAACCUGUUCACAGCCACUCUUCACCGAGUCUCCAACCUCACCCAUUGACUGAUUCAGAACGACAGAGAAUGAAUGAUCAGAUCGAGAGACUAACCAAGGAGAAAGAAGUGUUGCUUGAAGAGUUACAUAAACAAGAGAAGGAACGAGAGAUGUUUCAGCAACAAGUUAAAGAACUUAAAGAUCAGUUACAACACAUGGAGAAGCGUCAGAAGACGAUGGCUUCGUUUGUCUCUCAGGUGUUGGAGAAACCGGAGCUUGCUUUCAAUCUCUCUCCGUGUCUACAGGAGACUAACGAGAGGAAAAGAAGGUUCCCUAGGAUCGGGUUGGAAGGUUCCACAAGCCCUUCUUCACAGGCAAGAGAGCUUCAGGUGGAACAGUUAGAGUCAUCAAUAGCGGUUUGGGAGAAUCUUGUAUCUGAAGAUUCUAGCGAGAGUUUGGGACAAGAAACAAGAAGCAUGAUGACACUUGAUGUGGAUGAGUCAUCUACUUGUCCUGAAAGCCCUCCUCUCCCUUGCAUUCAGCUAAGUAUCGACACAUGUCCUACUUCUCCAAGGACCAUCGACAUGAACUCUGAGCCUGAUGCUUCCAAAGAACAGAACACAGUUGCUCCCUCUCCUCCUCUUUCAGCAGCAGGAGGGAAUGAUGUCUUCUGGCAGCAGCUUUUGACAGAGAACCCUGGCUCAACUGGGCAAAAGGAAGUUCAAUCAGAGAGGAAAGAUGAUAAAGCUGAGAAAUGUUGGUGGGAUUCGAGGAAUGUAAAUACACUUACAGAACAGCUUGGACAUCUGACUUCUUGAGAUAGAGAAGUUGUUAUGUUAAAUGAUCUCUACUUCAGAUCUGUUUAUAGUUUCUUGUAACAUAGGUUUCUUUUUUACUUGUCGGUUCAUUGUAUUUUGAGUAUGGUUCUGCUUUUUAUCAUCACAUGUAUGUCCUUUCAGUAGCAGACUGUAACAUUAAUCUUUCAGGACUAUAGAAGCUUAACCUGACAACUUUGUUCAGUUAUUUCUGUC